AGAAGGGAUGGGGAUGUUGGGAAUGGUGGGAAAAGGGAGUCUUGGAAGGUGUCCAAGGCCGGGAUGGGAUCAGGAUGCAAUUCCCGAGAGGAUGGAUGGGAAAAGGGAGAGGGAUUUGUGUCCUGGGAAAUCCUAGGAUGGGAGAGAUCCGGGGAGGGGCCUUGGGGGCCUUUCCAACCUCAGCCACUCAGGGAUCCAGGGAUUUGGGAAUUCUGGGAUUUGAGGAUUCUGGGAUUCAGGGACUUGGGAAUUCAGGGAUUCACGGAUUCCCUGGCUUCUCCUCCUGCUUUCCCGCAGUUCCCGUGGCCUGGAAUGCCCUGGAGCGGAUCCUGGAGCUCCCGAGCGGGGAGGGCGACGCGUCCGCUCCCACAUUCCCGGUGCGCGUGGGGCGGGAAGGCUUUGGAAGCGGGAAGCACUACUGGGAGCUGGAGCUGGGCCGGGAGCAGGACUGGGCGCUGGGAGUGCUGCGGGAGAACGCGGGAUGCGAGGCCCGGCCCAUUCCCAGCCAGGAUUCCUGGGCUCUGCGCCGAUCCCAGGGAGAGCUUUUCUCCAGCGCCGGAGCCCGUGGGCUCGGGAAGCUCCGCUGGAGCGGCUCCGCCCUCGGCGUCUUCCUGGACCUGGAUUGGGAAUGCCUGGAAUUCUACGACGUGGAGACUGCGGAGCUCCUGGAGAGGCUGGGUCUGAGCACCACAGGGAAUUCCCAGGGAAUGUUCUUCCCGUUUGUGUCCCAGGGGGAAGGGAUCAGGAUCCGCCCGGUGCCGAUCCCGGUCCCACUAAAGGGACUUUGA